GACCGGGACCGGGAUGGGGAUGGAGGUGGGGACCAGGGUGGGGACCGCGAUGGGGACGGGGCUGGGGAGCGUGGCACGGCCGCCGGGCGCGCAGGGGCUGCGGAACCACGGCAACACGUGCUUCAUGAACGCCGUGGUGCAGUGCCUCAGCAACACCGCCCCGCUCGCCGAGUUCCUCGCCCUCGGCCGCUACCGCGCCCGCGGAGCCCGCGCCGAGGUCACGCAGCGGCUGGCGGCCCUGGUCCGCGCCCUCUGGACCCUCGACUACAGCCCGCGGCUCUCCGCCGAGUUCAAGAGCAUCGUGUCCAAGCACGGCGCGCAGUUCCGGGGCAACGCACAGCACGACGCCCUCGAAUUCCUGCUCUGGCUGCUGGACCGCAUGCACGAGGACCUGGGCGCCGCCUUGCCCGCACAGGGGCCCUGCACCACCGCCGAGCCCGUCCCGGAGCAGAGCAGCGGUGCCGCGGCACCCCGUGUGCAGAGCUUCGUGCAGAGCCACUUCCAGGCGCAGUACAGGUCCUCGCUGACGUGCCCGCACUGCCUGAAGCAGAGCAACACCUUCGACCCCUUCCUGUGCGUCUCGCUGCCCAUCCCCACGCGCCAGACCAGGGCGCUCAACGUGACGCUGGUGCUGCAGCGCGAGGCCCGGCGCCCGGUGCGCGUGGGGCUGGCGGUGCCGCUGCGGGGCACGGUGGCGGAGCUGCGCGCCAUGGUGGCGCGGGAGGGGGACGUGCCCCCCGAGCAGGUGAUCCUGGCGGAGGUGUCCCCGCGGGGCUCCCUGCGCUCGCUGGGUGACGCCGAGGAGCUGGGCACGGCCGGGGAGGGGGCGGCCCUGUACGCGCUGCAGGGCCCCCCCGGGCCCCCCGCAGGUACCGGGGCCGCCCCCCGGCCCCCCCCCGCGCUCCUGCUGCUCCUGUGCCACGCCGCGGGCACCGGCCCCCACCAAGCCAGGUUCGGGCCCCCCCUGGUGCUGUGGCAGGAGCGGGGCGCGUCGUGGGCGCAGCUGCAGCGCAGCCUCCUCGCCCCGCUGCGGCACCUGAUCAGGAGCGGGGCGCAGGGCGCAGGGACCCUGUUCCGGCUCCGUGUGGCCGGGGACGCAGCGCCCGGCACCUACCUGUCCCCGCAGGACGCCCGGCCGCUCUGCCACCCCGCCGUUGACAGGGCGCUGCGGCUGAGCGGUGCGGGCGGCCCCCCCCACGUGCAGCUGACGGCCGAGUGGGACGUGGCCACCAAGGAGCGUCUCUUCGGCAGCCUCCAGGAGGAGGCCGUGCAGGAUGCCGAGAGCGUGCGGCUGCAGCAGCAGGCGCACCAGCAGCAGCACAGCUGCACGCUGGACGAGUGCUUCCAGCUCUACACCAAGGAGGAGCAGCUGGCCCCGGACGACGCCUGGCGCUGCCCGCACUGCCAAGUGCCGCAGCAGGGCACGGUGAAGCUGAGCCUCUGGACGCUGCCCGACAUCCUCAUCAUCCACCUGAAGCGGUUCCGGCAGGUGGCCGAGCACAGGCACAAACUCACCACGCUGGUGCGCUUCCCCCUGCGGGGGCUGGACAUGGCCCCGCACCUGGCCCCGGGGGGGGGCCGCUGGGCGCCCCGGCGCCUGCCCGAGAGCCGCCCCCGCGACUCCCUCUACGACCUGUACGCCGUCUGCAACCACCACGGCAGCAUGCAGGGCGGCCACUACACCGCAUGCUGCUGCAACUCCCUGGACGGGCGGUGGUACAGCUACGACGACAGCACGGUGGAGGCGGUGCAGGAGGACGAGGUGAGCACCCGCAGCGCCUACAUCCUCUUCUACCAGCGCCGCAACGCCAUCCCCGCCUGGUCGGCCAGCAGCGCCGCCAGAGGCUCCACCAGCUCGCCCCUGUCCCAUCACUGGGUGGCCCGGCUGGGCGGCAGCAAGCGGGACAGCGCCAGGUCACAGCCCCCUGCCCCCCGUCCCUCCCCGCCCAGCACCCCGGACACCAGCACCGCCCAGGAGAAAGGCGGCUUCGAGGCGAGGCCCUCGGUGCGCGGCGUCCAGAGCCGCAGCCUCAGCGUGAAGCUGCCCCCCGCCCGCCGCGACGGCCCCCCCAGGCCCGUGCCCCUGCGCUGGUCCUUCACCUCCCGGCCGCGGGCACCGGGUGCCCCAGGGGAGCUGGUGGUGCACCUGGAGCCGGGGCACCGGCCCCGCCGCCCCCACCGCGCCGUCCUCCCAGCAGGGGUGGGUGAGGAUGGCAGCCCCCACGCUGCCCCCCAGGCCCGGAGCCCCUCGCUGGGUGAGGCAGCCGGCACCCCCAAAAAACCCGAGCUGCCCCUCUGCACCCCAACACUGCGCCGAGCUCGGAGCGCCGGUGCUGAGGUGACCCCACGCCUGCACCCCAAAAGCAAAAGCCCCCCCGGGAGCGGGGAGCAGCAGCAGAGACCCCCCCGGGGGCGGCAAGAGGGCAAAGCAGGGGGGGCCACGCUCUGCAGCAGCCCGCAGAGCCCCGAGCCGCCCAUCAGGCGCUCGCAGAGCUCGGCCAGCCUCCCCCUGCACCCCUUCCGCCUGCUGCGGCGCUCGGCCUCGCUGGGCAGGGGCGCGGGGGGCCCCCCACAGCCCCCACCCGGCCCCCCGGGUGCGCGGGGCACGGUGCUGCGGGGCCGGGAGCGCACGGCAUCGCCGCGCCACGCGGCCGUGCCCGAGUCCAGCUUCUGAGCAGGGCCCGUGGGGCUGGCGUGAGGCUCAAGUGGGAGCGCCCGGCGCUGGGGGCAUGGCGCAGUGGGGUGCCCGCGUUUGGGGCAUUUCUGCACCAUGAGCAUCCCGCAGCUGGGCGUACGGUGCUGGGGGCAUCAUGCACUGGGGUGCCCGAAAUCGGGGCAUCCCUGCACAUCUGGCACCCCAGGGACAUCCCACAAGGGAGCACCCUGCACCUGGGCACCCCGCACCGGGGGCAUCCCAUGCUGGGCGUGCCCUGCACCACGGCCCCCAGCGCCUUCCCAACCCAUGCCUUACCUGGGAGCGAGCACCAGGCAGCAGGUGUGGGGUCCGUGGGGCAGAGGGAUGUCAGGAGCUAAGAGUAUUUAUUCUGUACGGAGAGAGUUUUAUGCAGAGACGGUUUUGUUUUGUACGAGGCGACUCCUUGGGAGGGCGGCCGGCAGCGGGGCGCCGCGCCCGCUCUCAGGGCUAUGCAAUACGCGAUUCCUCCACCCAGCUUUUGUACGCGGGGGCUGCUGGCGGCGGCACUCUGAGCUCUUUCUAUUAAAGACACGUGAAAGGA